CGUACAGCUUGAGAGUACCUAAGAAAUGUACAUAAUGUGGUUGUCGUUGUAUUGAAAUUGAAAAUAACACAUAAAACUAUUUUUAUUUAAACGAAUAAACGAUAAACAAUAACAACAGUUUUACACUAUUUUCUAUUACAGUUUACACCUCAAAUUACACACGUGUUCAGAUUUUUUAAGCUAACUACGCAAUCGUCGCAAUCCAGUCAGAAUAAUCGAAUAGUAUCGUGACCAUGUCAGAACCGGCAAGGAAACGAGGCGUGCUAGCCGGCGGUGAAUCGAGUACUAGUGGUGAAUCAAGCACUGGUGGCGAAUCUAGUACCAUCGGGUCUACUGGGUCUAGCUCUACCGAUUCCGAUGAUAAUAUUGAUGAAAUGGUUGCGUCAGUACUUGACGUUGAAUUUGAAGGGCGUAGUCCACAACCCUCAGACUUUCAUAGUAUUAAACAGUUAUUACAACAGCUGUUUUUAAAAGCUCCAGUGAACCUGUCCGAUUUAUCUUCAGUACUGAUAAAUCAACCCGGUAUUGGAUCAGUGAUCAAGCAAGUUCAUGAUGAUGAUGACGAUGAUGACGACGAUGAUGAUGAUGACAUUGUUGAUGUCAACCAAGUAUUUGGAAUAACUUCAAUUCUCAAUAUUACUCAGCAGACAAGUGAAUGUGUAGAAAAUUUACACAAAUUAAUGUUGGACUUGAGCAACCAACAUAGUGAUAGUGACACAACACGAUUUAUUAACAAAUUGUUGAGUGAUGAUUCAAAACAAGUUGGGUUGUUAAUAAACGAAAGAUAUGUUAACAUACCCCCGCCAAUCUCUGUGCCAUUAUUUCAUGCUAUUCGCAAGGAAUUAUUUAGUUUAAAAUCUAAGAACCCAUCAUAUAAUUUUGAUUAUCUUAUUAUGAUAAGCAAACUAUACAAAAUGAAAAAAGAUAAGAAGGGAAACAAAAAUUUUGAGGGUUGCGAAGUAUUUUGGUCAAAUGCUGAAGAGGAGUUCUUUGACGAAGCAGCAGAUUACAAGUUUGAGUUUUGUGUACAAAACGACAAGGGUACUGGCUUGGCAGGUAACUGGGUAGAAUCAGAUCCUGAAAUGGUUCCUUUUAGACGUGUUUUGAUUUUCACUUUGGAAAAAUUCCAUGCAAUAACUAACACACUGGCAUCUUUUUUGGAACCUGCAGGUACUGUUUAUAACAGUGCAUACAAGCCUGGAUCUAUCUGAAGAUUAUUUCAUUGUUUAUAUUGAUAUGUAUAUUUUUUUUUUUUAUCAAGUUGAAAUAAAUUGGAUUGUAUUUUUUUCAAAAUAAUUUACGGCAUAUAUAUAUAUAUAUA